CUCUCCAGCUCACUUUCCAUUCAGCUUCAGCUCACACACACACACACUCACACACACUCACAUAGCAGAGUGUUGCCAAAAGUUUGCUCAGCAUUUUGAAGAGACAGUGAGAGAGAGAGACAGAGAGAGAGACAGAGAGAGAAAGUGAGAGAGAGUCUGAGUCAGACCAUACCUCAAACUUAAACCUCACUCAGUCCCAGACACACGCUGUAGCUUAGACACACACACACACACACGUGUUCGUAGUCUCCGAGCCGGGCAGCAUGUCAUCAGUGUUGAGGAUUGUCCAGGUGGUGUGUUUGGUGGUUUUGGUGAAUGUGGUGAUGCCUCAGCUUUAUGAUGAGGCCAUGGAGGUCAACUACUCCGACCAGUACUACAACGAGAUCAGCGUUGGAGAGCAGAACGAAGCAGACACCCCCACCGCCACCACGGCCAGUCCCUGCACGGCCCCCGAUUUCAGCAAGUGGGACAAGCUCUUCACCAUGCUGGAGAACUCUCAGAUGAAGGAGAACAUGCUGCUGCAGUACUCGGAUGACAUCGUGAAGGUGGGCCUGCAGUCUCUGCGUGCCGAGGUGCUGGAGAUCGUAGAGCAGAGCAGCAGAUCCUGUGCUGCCUCUGUGGAGAACUCGGCACAUCGGGCCGGAGCGCAUGCCGAGCAGAAACUUCAGCAGUCCCUGGAACAUCUGUAUGACGUUGUGGCGCUUCAUCAGGUGCAGCACGACACAACGCUGGGGCAGAUCCUGGAUGCCUCUCGGGAACAGGUGACAAAGCUUGAUAAGGUGGAGCAAAGCUGCAUACAGGAGCGGGUUAAAAAUUUCCAGACUAGAGAUCUAGAAAAGGAAGACAGAGGACAGCUGCAAGCCAUCUUUGCUGAGCUGAUAGUCCUCCAUAAGAAGCUGAGUUUCUACACAAAAGCCACAGCUGAACAAAAUCUGCCCGCAGGUUGCGACAUGGCCCUCUUCUUCCCUAUGCGCUCUCCAAAGAUACAUGCCAAAGUCAUUCCCGAGCGCUCCAUGAAGACCCGUGCCGUCACCGUAUGCCUGUGGAUAAAACCAACCCAAAUUCUCACCAGGACCGUGCUGUUCUCGUACGGCACCGUGACCAACCCGCUGGAGUUGCAGCUGCUGCUCAGCGAACAUAGCGCCCACUUCACGGUCAGAGGUGAAGCACAUUUAGUGGAGGCACGCAGUGCUGCGACCGAAGGAUCGUGGGUGCAUCUGUGCGGAACCUGGAGCUCCGAGCAAGGCCUGGCGUCGUUGUGGGUAGACGGUCACAAAGCAGCGAGUUCUCCAGGUGUAGCCGAGGGUCACGAGAUUCCUGCUGACGGCGUCAUCAUCCUGGGCCAGGAGUACAGCGGUGAGGGUCUGGCCAAGAAAUUCGGCUUCCAGGAGACGUUCAAAGCUGAGGAGGCGUUCACGGGGAAGCUGAGUGGCGUGAACGUGUGGGACCGUGUCCUGAAUGAGAGUGAGAUUUUCGAGCAGGCGCAGAAGGAUGGGCAGAGCUGCGGUUCCCGUGGCAACCUGGUGGCCUGGGGUGGGUCUCAGAUCCUGGAGGAAGGAGGCGUCAAACUCAUCUACUAGCUGCUUGAUUAGUAAAACACACACACACAGACACACCAAUAGCUCGCUGUACUACAACUACCACACUACCACAUCCACAACGAAAAUUGUGAGGCGACCGUAUUUCCCAGAAGUCUUGGGAACUGAGUAAACUACGUAUGAGAACCACAAGAACCAAAGAGCGAUGGAAAAGUCUGCAUAUUUUCGAAUAUAGGGACAAUGUUCUCACUUCAUCAACCCAAAGACAGCCUGUGUAUUCUAUCGUAUUUAUCAGAAUGUUUACAUUCAGCUAACAAACUUUUUGUCCCAUAAUCUUUUGAAACUACUUUUUUUUAAAUGAAGUAACUUUUUCAUUUCUGUUAAAGGAACUGUGUAAAAUGUUUACAAAGUCUCUUAGGAGACUUUACCUUGGUUCUGUUAAUGUGAGGAAAUGUACUAUACUGUAUUUUUGGAUGAAAAUGAAAAACCUAUAUUGUAUAUAGAUCUUUUUUUUCUAUUACUGAAGGAGUGAAAUGGUGAAAUUUAAUAAAGAAAAAUAUUAAAUAUAGUA